UUUCUUUCUCUUUCUCCCCUUUAGAGGUGAAGGUGCAACAGUUAUCGGUCGUCCCGAAGCCGGGUUCAUCCGACACCCUCACCAACCAAGCUGAACUGAGCUCAACCUCCACAGCCUCACAAUGCCGCCCAAAUUCGACCCCAACGAGAUUAAAAUUGGUAUGUUUUGAGUGUAAUAAAAGCAGACGCUUUUUCACAGCCGGGAUGGAGUCGCUCUCUGCCGUCUGCCUCCGCCUGCCGGGCGGCCUGCUCACGGCGCUCACAAAAUGUGUACAUGAGGUGCACAGGAGGAGAAGUCGGAGCCACCUCAGCCCUGGCCCCCAAAAUCGGACCUCUGGGUCUGUCUCCCAAGAAAGUGGGUGACGACAUUGCCAAGGCCACCGGUGACUGGAAGGGCCUGAGGAUCACCGUGAAGCUGACCAUCCAGAACAGGCAGGCAGCGAUCGAGGUGGUUCCCUCUGCGUCGGCUCUGAUCAUCAAAGCCCUGAAGGAGCCUCCUCGUGACAGGAAGAAGGUCAAGAACAUUAAGCACAGCGGCAGCGUGACCUUCGAUGAGAUCGUGGGUAUCGCUCGUGUGAUGAGGCCUCGCUCCAUCGCCCGGGAGCUCUCGGGAACCAUCAAGGAGAUCCUGGGAACCGCUCAGUCUGUGGGAUGCACCAUCGAUGGCCGCCAUCCCCAUGAUGUCAUUGAUGACAUCAACAGCGGCAAAGUUGAGUGCCCAUCUGAGUGAAUAGGACACUGUUCUAAAAAAUAAAGGUUUAAAAAAAAAAAAAA